AUGUCGGGAGAUUCCUGGACCGAAACCCCAUGGUCCUGGUUUGGCAGCGAGCUGCGGUUUGGCACCUCUGAAGGAUCAAUUCGGGUCCGGGAGGAGUCCCGCGGCCCUCGUGGCAGCCGUGCUCGCUGCAGUGUCUCAGGCUCAGAAUACGAUUUGCGACGGCUGGUUGCCCGGCCUACCGCCGUCUCCGGCCACGUGUCCCUGGAGGCCUUGGAGUCGGUGCAGCGGGAGGCCGAGCUCUCCGAGCGAGCAG